AUGAACACAACUACAUUAGAACAAAUCGAAGCGCAGGCCGAGAAGCUGGCAGCGACAGCAACAGCGCUGACAAGGACAUGCAGAGAGGCAGGCCUCAGCGAUUUCUCCCUCGAUUGGGGUUGUGUUCCCCCCGGAGUCCCUCAUGAAGUGGACCACCUCAGGAGAAAGACGUUGGCAUCCGUAACGCGGUUGCAGGCAAUGCUAGCCGGCCCACCAGAUUUCAUCCAACAUAUUGCUCAUCAGGUACAAAUCUCGUUUUCUGCCAUUUCACUCUCCCAUCUGUCUUGGUCUGCAAACAAGGACACUGUAAAAAUCCCAGAGCGUUGUCCAGGAUUGACAGAAUUUGUUGUUCCACAGACCCAGAUUCUAGCGUGCCUCCGAUGGCUGGGCGAGUUCCAAGUGUUGGCCUGCAUACCGCCGAGCGGUGAAGCCAUGGGAACAAAAGACCUUGCAGAUUUAGUUAGUGUCCCCGAGGCGCAGCUGCGACGCGUUGUGCGACUUAUGACGACCGUUGGCUUCCUUGUCCUGGAGGAGCCGCCGCAGCAGGCGAUUGGCACGCGACAGGCGCAGGUUGCCCACACGAGGCUCUCUGCCUCUUUCGUCACCCAAUUUUCGAACCUAGACGCUGUCAUGUUCCUCAGCGAGACGGUGGUACAUGCGGCUCUACAUAUGCCCGAGGCUACACAGCGUCAGCUGAGUGGCUUCUCGCUCGUCUCCACGCCCGUCGGCCUCGACUUCGGCACCGCAUGCAAGCAGCAGCCGUGGCUGCGUCGACAGUGGGAUGCUUAUCUCGGGUGCCUCAGGGACCCGAACCAGGUCAUUGCUGACCUGCUGGCGCGGCUUGACUGGGAAAGUCUGGGUCGAGCUCUUGUGGUCGAAAUUGAUUCGUUUUCGACUGAGCUCGCUCAAAGCCUAGCGGAAAGGCACCCGAGUCUACGCUGGAUCGUCCAGAUGAGUGGCCCUGAGGCUGCAAAGUACGAGCGCGACACGGGCAUACCCGUGGGAUCAGGAUCAAUAUCCUUGGAAAAGCUUACAUCGCCCGGGAAGCUCGGGAUAGAGGUCCAGUUGCGGGCCCCACACACGCCGCAGAUGAUCAAGGACGCGGCAGUGUACCUAGUGCGCAGUCCUUCGGACCUGGACUCCCAGGCCCUUGCCGCAUGGGUGCAGGCUGCGCUGCAGUGCCACCUGGCCGUACUGCGCGCCGAUCCGGACGCACUGCUGCUGCUGGCGGUCCAGCUGCGGCCGGAUCCCGGCUCGGUCGACCCGGCCGUCGUGGCCUUGGCUUGCAUUCGAUCGAUGACUAUUGCCCAAUUGACGGGAGGCACCGCUGAGAUGGAUUUGGCAACGCUGGAGCAGCUGAUAGGGCGUGUGCGAGACAGCAACAAUGGGGGUCUUGUGGUUUCGAACAAGCUUCACAACAGUCACUGCUCCACCAUCGCCCUUGGCAUCAAGUACGUAUCCAGGCCGCCGCCACCUGAGCCCCUGGCCGUGGUUGACCCAAGCUUGGGCUGGGGAGGUAUUUCAUCUCCGUGAUAGAGGCGCAGAACAGCCGAGGCAAUCCAUACUUUCUCAGCCAGUUGCCGUGCCGUGAAGUCCAGGUCGCUGGAAUCACGUGUGUUUGGAACUUAUGUCGUUUAUAUACUGAACGUCUUGAGCGCUUGCCACCGUAUGAAGGCGC